AUGGGUCGGUACUUCCUGCAGGCUACAGCCAGGCAAACCGAGGCCCAGUAUCGCCGGUCUCCCGAUGCAAGCACGAGGGCUCGCGACAUAAAACGAGUCGGCAGGAACUUCACGAUUAACACGAGGCCGCUCUUUUUCAUCCAGCGUGUUACUAAAGGGUCGUUGCCACCAGACGUGUGGGAAGCGGGCAGUUCGGCCAGGGAUGGGACUUGCGCUUGGAGGAAAGGGGCACGGGCCUAUCUGCGAGCCAUCGACGUGAAGAUCCUGCAGCAGCUGGCGGCCGUGAACGAGGGCAUCGAGGCGGUGAAGUGGCUGCUGGAGGAGAAGGGGGCCCUGACGAGCCGCUGCAGCAGCCUGACCAGCAGCCAGUACAGCCUGGGGGGCAGCCAGGAGACCUCGCGCCGCGGCAGCUGGGCCAGCCUGCAGGACCCCAACGACCGGCUGGACAGCGUCUCCAUCGGCAGCUACCUGGACACGCUGGCCGACGAGCUGGACGAGUACUCCCAGCACACCGCGGACCCCCGGCCGGGUGCCCCCCUGGCCCGCUUCGAACAGGACUGGGCCGUUGUCGACCCCGAGCGGGGCCCGGCGGGGAAGGCGGGCUCCCCCGGGGCCUGGCCGGAGCCCAGCUCGGGGGCUGGGGCGGCGGUGGCGGGGGGCGCUGGCAGCCGCAGGGGCAAGGCCGAGGCGGGGAACUGCAAGCCCGGCGGCAAGGUGCGUCUGGAGUACGAUGCCCACUGGCGCUGGGUGCAGUCCCAGGAUGACGUCACCUUCUUGUAGUGCUGGCCGGCUCUGGCCUCGGGGGCAAGUCCCCGGCCCCGGGGGACCCCGCCAAGGCACCGGAUGUGGGAGCGGAGGGGCUGCGAGGGCGGCGGGGCCGCAGCUUGGCCACGUCCACGCUUCUGGGAGCCGAGGCGUGUCGGGCGGGAUUUCGUGGCUCUGUGCAACCCCACUGCUGGUUCUUCCCCCAAUGUGGAUGGUAGCUUUGUGGGGCCUCAGUUUCCCCGUCUGCAGCCCAGGGCUGAGUUUCCCCGUCUCCCAAGCGAGAGGGAGCCCGUCUGCCCUUUCCUGUGGUGAUUUAAGUGCCCAUCACGUGCUCGGUCCGGGGCGGACGCAGCACUUUGAAUCCCCCCCGCGCUCCCUCAGCACGACCCUUGCACGGGCAUGGUUAUGAUGUCAUGGGCCCAGCAGUGCGACCUCAUAAGUCCGAGAGAGGAAGUUAGCUGUGCUAGUGUGACGUCGGGCCUCUCUCCUGCCCCCCCAACUCUGUCCCUCCUUGCACUUUAAGCCCGUGCUGGCUCUCGUGGCCUGGGCUGCUGCAACUCGCUUGGCAGCGACGACUCCAGAAAGGGUCUCCGGAUGCCAAGUCCUUCCUCGGGCACCCCCGGGGCCAGGUACGCUCCGCUGUCACCGCUUGGCUUCUCCUCUGGCUCGGCUGCAUGCUGCUGGUGCAUUGCCUAUGACCAGAAGCAAACUGGACCGGGGCCUGCGAAAGGCCGACGGACCUCUCCCUUGUAGCCGUGCAAGCCCAGGCUCUUGGAGGAAGAGCAGCGAUGCUGCUGUCCAUCCUCCCGACUCGCUGCCCCUUGCAAGCAGCACGGCUCGUUUCUCCCGCACCCAGCCCAGCGCCUCGGCGCUACUGCCCACGGUUGAGGCCGAACGUGGCUGCUGUGUUGUUACGGAUGUUGUGGCACCUUCCCGGGAUGUGCUGGCUGCGGGGUCGCGGUGCUGGUAACGAGCUACUGUCCACGGGAUCCUCUUGGGGAAUAAACCCUUGUGUUCCUAA